AUGGGCUUGGGAUGGAGGCGACGCGGUUUUCAUGGAGGCCAGACGGCGAGCAGGGAGAGGCGUCCUUCACGUAUCCGGCGGCGACCAUCGGCGUCAGUGGCAAAAAGCAGCGACACAGGACGGGAGGAUCUGGUGCUUUACCAGAGCGGGACGAAGAGCGCGGCCAAACCGCCUCCAUUCCAGGGUUCAGCCACCGAGCUGAAGUGUCAUGGUUUCGCCAUUCCAGGGUCCCAAGCCAGCAUGUGUUCUCCAGAAGCCAGAAUUUGCUUAUGUAUAUAGCUGGGGUGAUGUCGGUAUGCCAUGCAGUUUGCAUUACCGCAACCUCUGUGCGGACUCCUGGUGUGCACAAAGAUCGCUCAUCUGUCUCUCAAGUAUUUGUUGGUAAUUUUUCAUCUCAACAUUGA